CGUCUGCUGGCAGCUCAGAAGUGUGCAGGACGCGAGGCGAUGCGCACAGCGGACAGUCUCCAGAAGCCGGCCCGGUGCUCCAAAAAACACAUUUCUGAAUCGAAGGAGACGAAAGUAAAAGCUAUGAGAAGAACCGAGAGCUCCAACCCCUAAUCAGACGCCAGCAUUUCCAGCGUUUUGCUGAUCACACCGGAGAUUACACUGAGGGGGCCACCGUCUGCUCAUUAUUUCACCAAGACGGCUCAAUCUGGCCACUCGAUCCCCGGCUUUUUGACGUUACGGUGCGCUCCGAUGAUGGACCGGCGGUGGUGAUCCGGUGAAGAAGGCGAGCCGCUCCGGACGUCUGCAGACUCUCCAACGACUCCCCCUCCCUGCUUUGAGACAAUGGGCUGUUUUCGUAUUGUGGCGGAGAGGGUUUUGCUGUAACGGAUCAUGGCAGGGGUGCACGCUUCUGAGGCUGUGUCGGGACAUUUUUUUGAUCCUGCCAUCGGCGCCCCACCGGCCCAGGGCGCGACCAACGCCGCGGGAAUAACCGGCGAUGCGGCUGCGCUGCCUCCGACCGGCAGCCGGGCGUACUUGGAGGUGUCGGCCGCCGCUCACGGCUAUGGAGCCGAGGGAGUUUACACCAACGGACGGUAUAAGGAGCACGGCAGUCCAAGGAUCGGAGGUGGCAGCCGUGAUAAUUCCGCCGAGAGAGGUCACGGAGGUGGAAACACACCGUGCGGCAUCAUGAAGGAUGGCUCCAAGCAGAGGCAGGUGAGGAAGAAGACGGUUUCCUUCAGCUCCAUGCCGAGUGACCGCAAGAUUAACAGCACGGCUGCCUGCAUGGCCUUCAUGAUGGAGGGCUGUGAGAUGAAGAAGGUGCGCUCCAACUCACGCAUGUACAACCGCUAUUUCUUACUGGACCCAGACAUGCACUGGCUGCGCUGGGAGCCGUCCAAAAAGGAUUCAGAGAAAGCCAAACUGGAAAUCAAGAGUAUCAAGGAGGUCCGUCUAGGGAAGAAGACCCCGGUGCUACGCAGCAAUGGCCUCUCAGACCAGUUCCCUGAUGAGUGUGCCUUCUCUAUCAUUUAUGGGGAUAACUAUGAAUCAUUAGAUUUGGUGGCCAGCACAGCAGAUGUAGUCAGCACCUGGGUGAUGGGCCUUAGGUAUCUGGUGUCCUAUGGCCGGCACACUGUGGACAUGGUGGAGCCCAGCCAGCCCAGCCUGCGAACGUCUUGGAUUGGUUCAGUGUUUGAGCUGGCGGAUAUGGAGAAGGAGGGACAUAUAGACCUGUUCAGAGCCACCCAAAUCAUCAAAGGGCUCAACCCUGGAAUGAAAGAGUCCAGGAUAGAGCUGAAGUUUAAGGAGCUCCAGAAGGCCAAAGACCAGUAUGGAGAGGACAUUAACAUGGACACAUUUGUGGAGGCAUACUGUGAACUCUGCACACGGCCAGAGAUAUUCUUCCUGUUGGUGCAGUUUUCCAGCAACAAGGAGUAUUUGGAUAAUAAAGAUCUAAUGCUGUUUGUAGAGGUGGAACAGGGUGUGGAGGGUGUGACAGAGGACAUGUGCAGGGAUAUUGUUCAGAAAUUUGAGCCAUCUGCUGAGGGAAGGGAGCGGGGCUACCUCUCCAUUGAUGGCUUCACACACUACCUCCUCUCGUCUGAGUGCCACAUCUUCGACCCGCAGCACAAACGUGUGUGCCAGGACAUGACCCAACCCCUGUCUCACUAUUACAUCAACUCGUCACACAACGCCUCCCUCCUGGAGGACCACUUCUGGGGCUCCUCAGACAUCAGCAGCUACAUUCGAGCCCUGAGGAUGGGCUGUCGCAGCCUUGAGGUCAUUGUGUGGGACGGCCCAGAUAAUGAACCAGUGGUGUAUGUAGGCAGCUCUGUAGCCUCACAGUUAGCUUUCUCUAAGGUCCUGGACAUUAUAAAUCAAUAUGCUUUUGAGAGCUCUGAGUAUCCCCUGAUUCUCUGCUUGGUGACCCACUGCUGCAUCCCUCAGCAGAGGGUCAUGGCCCAGCACAUGAAGAAGAUUCUUGGGGACAAGCUGUAUGUUGAGCCCCCUAACAAAGAGGAACACUACCUGCCUUCCCCAGAGAAACUUAAAGGUAAAAUCCUCCUGAAAGGUAAAAGGCUGCCCCCCAGCUGCACUGACGCUGAGGGCGAGGUGACUGAUGAGGAGGAGGGUCUGGAGAUGUCCCGGAGAGUGGGGGCUGAUGAGAAAGACCAGCUGAAUGGCUUGGGCUGUAAGAAACUCAGGCUGUGCAGGGAGCUGUCUGAUCUCGUGUCUCUCUGUAAGUCAGUUCAGUUCAAAGACUUUGAAAUCUCCAAGAGGGAACAGAAAUACUGGGAGAUCUGCUCCUUCAAUGAGGUGGACGCUAACAGGUUUGCCAAUGAGUUCCCAGAAGAUUUUGUCUGUUACAACAAGCGCUUUCUCUCCAGGGUAUAUCCCACACCCAUGCGCAUUGAUGCCAGUAACAUGAACCCCCAGGACUUCUGGAAGUGUGGCUGUCAGAUUGUAGCCAUGAACUACCAGACCCCUGGGCUGAUGAUGGACCUCAACCUUGGCUGGUUCAGGCAGAAUGGAAACUGUGGUUAUGUGCUGCGGCCAGCCAUCAUGAGGGAAGAGGUGUCCUACUUCAGUGCCAAUGCUCGUGACUCUCUGCCUGGUGUGUCUGCCCAGCUCCUUCACAUCAAAGUCAUCAGUGGCCAAAACCUGCCUAAACCCCGUGGCUCCGCUGCCAAAGGCGAUGUGGUGGAGCCCUACAUCUAUGUGGAAAUCCAUGGCAUCCCAGCUGACUGUGCCGAGCAGAGGACCAAGACUGUGUCCCAGAAUGGUGACAACCCCAUUUUUGACGAGAGUUUUGAAUUCCAGAUCAACUUACCUGAACUGGCAGCCCUGCGCUUUGUGGUGCUAGAUGAUGACUACAUCGGAGACGAAUUCAUCGGCCAGUACACCAUCCCGUUUGAGUGCCUGCAGCCGGGCUACAGACAUGUCCCUCUCCAGUCUCUGACCGGAGAGUUCCUGCCCAACACCACCCUGUUUGUUCAUGUAGCCAUUACCAACAGGCGGGGUGGGGGCAAGGCACAUAAGAGAGGCCUGUCUGUUAGGAAGGGCAGGAAGGCCCGGGAGUACACCUCCACCAAGACCACAGGGAUCAAGGUAGUGGACGAGCUCUUCAGAGCCUCCACCCAGCCCAUCAGGGAGGCCACAGAUCUCCGAGAGAAUGUGCAGAACGCCAUGGUGUCCUUCAAGGAGCUCUGUGGCCUCACCCCUGCCGCCAACAUGAAGCAGUGUAUACUCACCGUGUCGACGUGGCUGAUGAACAGCGAGCGGGCCCUGAGGGUGACGGUGGACCUGAGUGAGACCUACCCCACCAUGGAGGCUCAGGGUCCCGUGCCUGAGCUCCUGCGCAAAGUGCUCAACGCCUAUGAUAUGAUGAUCCAGACCAGCCGAACGCUGAUUGAGUCAGCUGAUGUCGUCUACUCCAAGCUCACGCAAGCACAACGGGCAGGGCUAGACUUCCAUGAGGACCUGCAUCGCAUUGGUGCCAAGGAGGGCUUGAAAGGCCGCAAACUCCAGAAGGCCAUGGAAAGCUACGCGUGGAACAUCACCGUGCUCAAGGGCCAGGCUGACCUGCUGAAGCAUGCUAAGAGUGAGGCACUGGACACUCUGCGUCAGAUCCACUGCGCUGCUCAGUCCUGUGGCCUCAGUAAGAAUGGAGCAGCUUCCCCACAGCUGCAGCACCAUCCUCACUACCAGCCACAGCAGACCCAGCUACAGCAACAGCCUCAGGCCAAGGCCCCUCCACAGUACCAGACCCAGCCCCAGCCCCAGCCCCAGCCCCAACCACAGACCCAGACCUUACCUCAGGCUUGCCUCCAUCCCCAUCCCCAUCUCUACCCCCAAGCUCAGGCUCAGGCCCAGCUACCAGCUCUCCCUCUGGUUCAAACUGUUACACAAUCACUGGCUUUUCCUCAGCCGCAGCCCCAGCUGCAGCUCCAGACCCAGCAGCAGAGGGCAACUGGCCCCCUGGACGCCAUCCCAGAGCAGGAGAGGGCCAGCGACAAUCAGUCCUGCUGACCCGCAGCCUGUGCCCACAGAGGAUCCUACCCAAAGAGAGACAGAGACAGAGAGAUAGGGAAGGCAAACGAGCAGCAGGAGGAGGCCAGUGUUGCCGAGAGGGCGAGGGAGAUUGAGGAAAUAAAGGAGAGGUUGAAAGAAAUGGCGAUGGUGAGGAGAACCCGCCGUGUCAGGAGUGAAACCCAAGUCUGAGAGCACAUGUUGAGGUGUGAGGAUAGUUAGAGGGCUGAAGACAGGAAGAGAAAGCCUGACCUCAUGCUUCAUUUGCUCUUUAAAAAAAAAAAAAAAAAAAAAAAAAGAAUGGAAAACAGGGCAGACCAUGUUUAUUUUUCCACCAUCCUGGAAAUGGAAUUAGCUUCCAUCUGAGCUGCUAUGUUUAGGUCCGCUCUCUCUUCUCAAGCAUUCGGUUCUCUACUGAUGUCAAAGGAAAGCCGGUUGACAGCCGUUGACUAAGUUGUGGUCUGUGUUUCUGCCAGGGGGUGUGUUCAGUAGCUGGACCAGUCAGUCGGGUAUCCCUGUCUCUCUCUGGGCAGUGCUAGUUACGCGCCCAUCCACUAUGUACUCUAGCUCUGUGGGUACAGGCUUUACCUCACAUUGGCAUUUCAUACCGCAGAUACUUGCCUUUUGAUUCCCCAAGACAUCUCGGCAUGUCUUUGAGCUUUUAUUUUCUUCAUGUGUGCGCUCCUCUUCUUCCAUAUUCCACGUUAGACGUCAUAAAUGCUACGUGCAAACCCUCACCCUCACCCCCCCCUCUCCCUAGAGGACGUCAUUUUCAUUCACAGAGUCGAGCGGCUCACUUAGGCUGAGCUCCAUAGGAAUUAUAGAUCACCACAAAGCAGGGAGCCGAGGAGCAUAAAACAGAGAAACAAACUGCAGCUCUGAGCGCUCUCAGUCACACUGAUGCUCCCGCUCCCCCCCCCCGCCCCCCUGCUCGCGUCAGCCUCCGUCGGGCCUCGCACGUCUGCACAGUGUCAU